GGCAUCGAAAAUGGCGGAGGCUGACUAGGGCCCUAUAAAGUGUGCCGAAUGUUUCCAUUGAAAGAUUCCUGAAGCGCCAUCAUCCUCAUUGACAUUGUUUGCGUCAUGAUCUCCUAUUAAAGUGGACAAAUGAGGCGUCACGCAACUGAAAAAGCGUCACGUGACAAGAUUAAUAAAAUCAGUGUGUUCUUGAAGCGAAAGAUUAAAAGGCUCUGGCACUUGUAUUCGGUUACAAUGGGAUCACUAACAGUACCACGUGCACGACGAAAAAAAAAAAGAAAAAGGACGUUGACUCGAAUGUUGAAUCGUGACGUGACCGUGCUUAGGGUUGCCUCGUGCAACGUUACGUGACUCGUAUUGAAUGCUUGAUUCACGGAUCUCAUUUUCACUUUCGAGUUGACGAAAAUACCACUGUUCUAAAAACAAAGCGACAAUUAAAGUUUUCAAAGGAGACUACUUAAUUAGGGCUCUAAGACUUGGCCACCUGAUCGACAUCUUGAGUGCGUGUGAACAACAUUUAUCCUGCAUCGCCAUGGAUUCCAAGGGAAGGAAAAUAAUUGUCUGCGACGCUGGAACAGAAUCCAUAAAGUGUGGAUUUGCCGACUCAAACAUCCCAGCGCAUAUUAUUCCUUCGAUGGUUGGUAAACGCUGUAUCGACGAUUCAAAACGGGAAGUGAAUGCAGUGAAGGACAUGAUGGUCGGCGAUGAAGCCAGAAAACAUUGCCGUAAACAAAAGAUGAACUAUCCAGUAGAUAAUAUUGGAAUUGUUCGAAACUGGGAAGAUAUGAAGCAUCUCUGGGACUACGCUUUCGGUGAGACGAAGCUCAACGUCGAUCCUAAGACUUGCAAGAUAUUGCUUACCGAACCGCCGAUGUACCCAAUGUUGACAAGGGAAAAAACUAUCGAGAUUAUGUUUGAAGACUACAAGUUCGAGGGUGUUUCCAUUGGAAUUCAACCCAUUUUAACUCUGUAUGCUCGAGGAUUAUUGACGGGUGUGGUCAUAGACUGUGGUGAUGGAUCGACUCAUAUCUCUCCCGUGUGUGAGGGAUUAUUGCUUCCUGAUCUCACGAAAAGAUUAGACAUUGGAGGUCGGGAUAUCACCAAUUACCUAAGAGAGCUUCCAGAUGGACAAGUGAUAAAGCUGGGUUACGAGCGAUUCAGAGCACCUGAAGUCCUGUUUCAGCCCGGCCUUAUUGGCACUGACAAAGCUGGCGUGGCAGAGAUUCUGUUCAACACGUUGCAGGCGAUAGAUAUCGAUAAAAGAGCAGAUUAUUACAAGCACAUUGUUCUGUGUGGAGGCGGUACAAUGUUUCCCGGGUUUUCAAGCAGAAUGGAAAGGGAAAUCAAGCAGCUUUAUUGUGAAAGGGUUUUUAACGGCGAUACCUCAAAGCUAUCGAAUGUUGGAAUUCGAAUUGUAGAGCACGAACAACCACAACAUGCAGUUUUUGUUGGUGGUGCUCUGCAGGCGGGAAUUAUGAAAGAUAAGGAAGGCUUUUGGAUGACGAGACAGGAAUAUGAAGAGAAAGGAAUUUAUGUUUUAGAGAAGUUAGGAGUCAGAGUGAGAGGAAAGGUAAGAGAAAAAUAUCCUUUAUGGACUAAGUGUUGAUUAAAAAAUUCAUAAACCGUCCACCGCCCCAUAAAUGGGGUUUCUGCAAAACGAGGCUCGGAUAACUGCUGAUGGGGAAGGAAAACACAUCUGGAGGGUACUCCCAUAUGAAAAGCUCGAGGACGCUCAAGCGGCCAGCUUGACCCCACGCUUGGUCACUAACCCAUAUUUAAUCUAGCGCGAGGGCCGAGGUCUUACCUAAAAGUACCAAGAGCAGCGAGGUCCGUCUAAAAAGAAGACCAAGAGUCGAUAAAAAACGACAAGACAACUACAAGAAAGAAAAAAGAACUUUUGUACGAGUGAGGUAGUCCUGUAUAUGGCAUCCUCGUCUCGGAGAGGCGAUGGUCAGCGCAUCACUGUCGACAUGCUCUUAAGUGACUCAAAAGCCCGAUUCUUGAGUGGCAGUCUUUGUUGCAGCUGGUACAGAUGUAGUUGGUGGCCUCACGAACUGAU